GAUGGAGAGCGGUGACUGCCCCUCGGGGCGCGGCCGCCUGGUGUUGGGCUGCUUCCUGGGCGCCUUGGGCGUCCCGUGCCGCCACCCUUGGGACGUCAGCUGCAGGAGUGCUGCUGGGUGUGCGGAGAGCUGGGGAGAGAAGCCCUUGGCAGACUUGAGUCUGUCCCCAGAAAAGAUACAGAAGAAGUAUCUUUUCUUCCUGGGUCGUGACACCUGUUUGUGUUCAAUGGGACAACGAAUUCACUUUGUGGUUGACCCUCAGGGUUGGUGCUGCAUGGGCCUAAUUAUCCUCGUCUGGCUGUACAAUACAGUCUUCAUUCCAAAGGUCAUCCUUCUUCCUCACUAUGAAGAGGGAAAUAUUUCAUUUGUGGCAGUUUUGUGUUAUUACUUCUGCUCAUUGUUUUGUAUAGGUUCAUUACUUAGAGCCUCAGUAGCAGAUCCAGGAAAGCUACCUGAAAAUCCAAAGAUACCAAUUACAGAACGAGAAUAUUGGGAGUUAUGUAACAAAUGCAACAUGAUGAGACCAAAGCGUUCGCACCAUUGCAGUCGUUGUGGACAUUGCGUGAGGAGGAUGGAUCACCACUGUCCAUGGAUUAAUAACUGUGUUGGUGAAGACAAUCAUUGGCUGUUUUUGCAGCUGUGUUUCUACACUCAGAUCCUUAGUUCCUAUACGCUGAUACUUGAUUUCUGCCAUUACUACUACUUUUUGCCUCUGAAAAAAGAAAACUGGGAUGUUUUUAUAUUUAGACAUGAACUUGCUCUCCUAAGAAUAUCUGCCUUCAUGGGUCUAAUAAUGUUAGGUGGAAUAAGUCGACUCUUUUACACGCAGCUAAUGGGUAUUUUCACUGAUACUACAGGUAUAGAAAAACUGUCAAACUGUUGUGAAGACAUGUGUGGGGUAUCUCAUGUCACAGCAGAAGAUUUGCCAGGUUGUUGGACUUCAUGGUCUGCCCACAACGCUAAACUUUAUCUGUUAAAACUGGACAAAACGAAGAUGCAGAAACACAUGAAUAUGAAAAAAAUACCCAAACAACAAAGUAGGCCAAAACUUCGAUCAGGUCACAAUAGUACCAGGCAUUCAGCACGUAAUGGAUGGUAUGGAAAGAUGUCUGGGGUAAAAUCAGAGGAAACUCAGAAGUUAUAUUCACAACCUAACAGAAAUUAUAAUGGUACAGAAAUUAUAGGGUAAAAUGCAGCUGCUACUCCUUGGGUGGAAUACAGUUGGCAGCUCUGCAGUGACUCCCCACACAACAGUAAACACCUGCUAAGGGGGAUGGAAUGGAGCACCAUGGAGACACUGUGGCCAGGCUCUAGAAAUCCUUGCAGGGCGGGGGACUUGAUGGUACUUUGCAGAUGAUAAACUGCACAGCACCUGUCACCCAAGGGAGAUGGGAGAAGAUGUCCUGCUGUUGAGCCAACAACUGUGGUGAAAUCUGUCUCCUCAGGUCAACUUCAUUAAAGCUUAAUUGUAAUAUUAGAGCACACCUCCAUCCCAAAGGUACCCACCUCCAGGGUAUGAUCACCCACACUGGGCACAUGGCCUGUAUUUUUUUGACUUUAUCUUUAAAAAUGAAGCAAGAGAAUUUUACACCAAUCAGUAAUGAAGGUAUUUAUGACUCAAGUCACUCAAGCUUCACCUAAAUAUAAAGAAAUAGUAUAAAAGUAAGUUGAGAAUGGGGGAAAA